CCCUGUUGCUUUCAGUCCGUCCCAAGUUCAGCUCAGAUCUCCAACAUGGCUGCUGAGAAGGAUAGCGGACUUGUGAGUCUCUACGUUAACGGGAAAAAGGUGACGGUGCGAGAUGCGGAUCCAGAGACCAUGCUGCUCUCCUUCCUCCGGGAGAAACUGCAUCUAACAGGCACUAAGUAUGGCUGUGGAGGUGGGGGGUGUGGGGCCUGCACUGUCAUGAUGUCCACAUAUGACACUCAGGCCAAGAGCAUCCAUCAUUUCACUGUUAACGCCUGUCUGAUGCCUUUAUGCCAAACACACGGAGCGGCAGUGACCACAGUGGAGGGCAUCGGGAACAGCAAGAGCAAACUCCACCCUGUACAGGAGCGUAUAGUGAAGGCAAAUGGUUCUCAGUGUGGGUUUUGUACUCCAGGGAUGGUGAUGUCUAUGUACACACUUCUGAGAAACCGACCACAACCCAGCAUGGAGAACAUCACCGAGGCACUGGGGGGUAAUUUAUGCAGAUGCACAGGAUAUCGUCCCAUCCUGGAUGGAUAUCGGACCUUCUGUGAGAGUGAAGGCUGCUGUCAGGCGAAAGGCUCGUCCUGCUGUUCCUCGAACACUAAAGCAUCUCCUGAAAAACCAGAGCUGUUCGGUAAAGCGGAAUUUCUUCCUCUGGACCCCACGCAGGACCUGAUCUUCCCUCCGGAGCUCAUAAGAAUGGCAGAGAGUCAGGAUCAAACCACUCGGACGUUUCGGGGGGAGAGGAUGACCUGGAUCUCCCCCGUGACUCUCAGUGAGCUGCUCCAGCUGAAGUUUGACUGGCCACAAGCCCCCAUUGUGAUGGGAAACACCAACAUAGGGUUGGACAUCAAGUUUAAAGGUGUCGUCCAUCCCAUAAUAAUCUCAGCCACGCGUGUGAAGGAGCUGUUUGAAGUUACGCACAAACCUGAAGGUGUACACAUUGGUGCUGGCUGCAGUUUGUCCACAGUGCGAAAUGUGUUGCAGAAGUGUGUGUGUUCUCUCCCAGCAGAACACACACAGACGUACACAGCACUGCUGGAGCAACUGAGACACGUGGGAGGAGAACAGAUCCGCAAUGUCGCUACGCUGGGGGGGAACAUUGCCAGCGCUUUCCCAAACUCUGAUCUGAAUCCUGUUCUGGCUGCCGGAAGAAGCUCAGUGCUGCUGCUGUCUCAUGAUGGAAGGCGUGAGGUUCCUCUGGAUAAGGAGUUCUUUGUGGGAUUUGGGAAGACGCUUCUCAGACCAGAAGAGAUUGUGUUGUCUGUUUUUAUUCCGGUUUCCAGAAAGGGUGAGGUGGUGUGUUCGUACCGUAACGCUCCCCGUAAAGACAACGCUCUGGCCACAGUGAGCGCCGGCAUGCGGGUGUGGUUUAAUCACGGCUCAGACGUGGUGAGAGACAUGAGUGUGUAUUACGGAGGAGUUUCAGCACACACACUCGGUGCAGAGAACACCACGUGCCACGUCAUCGGCAGGUCAUGGACCGAAGCGACGUUAAGUGAUGCGUACACGGCACUGCUUGAUGAUGUCACAAUCGGGGCGUCAGCUCCGGGGGGGAAGGUGGUGUUCCGCAGAUCUCUGACCCUCAGCAUGUUCUUCAGAUUUUACCUGCAUGUCCUGCAGCACCUCAGAGAACAAAAUGUGAUUCAAGGUGAAAUUCCAAAACAUGAGCUGAGCGCAGUGGAGCCGCUGCCCAACUUCAUUCAGCCCGGAUACCAGGAGUUCCAGGCUGUGUCAGAUGGGGACUGUGUGGGCCAGGCAUUGCCUCACCACUCUUCCGUCUCACACGCUACAGGAGAGGCCGUGUACUGCGAUGACAUUCCACGUACACCCGGAGAACUCUUCCUCUCUGUCGUCACCAGCACCAGAGCACACGCCAAGAUCACCCAUAUUGAUGUGGGUGGAGCUCUGGCAAUGGUGGGCGUGGUUGAUGUGGUCACUGCUCAGGACAUUCCCGGCAGGAGGUCAGUGUCCUUCACAGGAUUGGAGGAGGAUCUGCUGGCAGAGAACCAGGUGACGUGUGUGGGUCACAUGAUCUGCGCUGUGGUUGCUGAUUCCAGGCAGCACGCUAAACUCGCGGCGGCGGCUGUGAAGGUCACCUACGAGGACCUGAUGGACCCGGUCUUCACUGUAGAGGAAGCGGUGGAGAAGAGCUCCUUCUUUCCUCCUCAGAGAGAGAUCCAGAGAGGAGAUGUUUCCUCAGCUCUUCAGGAGACGGACCACGUGUAUCAAGGAGAGUUGCGUGUGGGUGGACAGGAACAUUUCUACAUGGAGACACAGAGCAUGCUGGUCAUUCCUGUAGGAGAGGAGAAGGAGAUGAAGGUCUACCUGUCUACACAACACCCAACAUGUGUUCAGAUGGCAGUAGCAGACACGCUGGGCAUCCCAUCUAAUCGCGUGUCCUGCCAUGUGAAGCGUGUUGGAGGGGCAUUUGGGGGUAAAGUGACCAAGACAACGGUGCUGACCUGUAUCACUGCAGUGGCUGCGUGGAAAACCCAGAGGCCUGUGCGCUGUGUGUUGGAGAGAGGAGAUGACAUGCUGAUCACGGGAGGACGUCACCCAGUGCUGGGGAGGUACAAGGUGGGCUUCAUGAAUGAUGGAAGAAUCACUGCAGCUGAUGUUCAGUAUUACGCAAAUGCAGGCAACACACCUGAUGAGUCCCCAGUGGUAGCAGAGAAGAUUCUGCUCCACGUUGAUGCCUCCUAUAACAUCCCGAAUCUUCGUGGCCGCUCGUUUGCCUGCAGGACUAAUCUGCCCUCCAGCACGGCGUUCCGUGGGUUCGGUGUUCCUCAGAGCACGGUGGUCAUCGAAAACAUGAUCAACGAUGUGGCCAUGACACUCGGCCGGCCAGCUGAAGAGAUCCGUGAGAAGAACAUGUAUAAGGACGUGUCCCUCACACACUAUAAGAUGGAGUUUGACCCGGAGAACCUGCAGCGGUGUUGGGAGGAGUGUAAGGAGAGGGCCGACGUCACUGGCAGGAGAGAGAGCAUCACUCGCUUCAACCUGCAGCACCGCUGGAGGAAGAGAGGCCUCGCCCUCAUCCCCAUCAAACACGGCAUCGGUUUCACUGAGGGAUUCCUCAACCAGGCUGCUGCACUGGUACACAUCUAUAAGGAUGGGUCAGUGUUAAUAAGUCACGGUGGGACUGAGAUGGGUCAGGGCUUACACACCAAAAUCCAACAGGUGGUGAGUCAAGAGCUGAAUAUCCCGCUGUCUCUGAUCCACAUUUCCGAGACGUGUACAAGCUCCGUGCCCAACACGUGUCCCACUGCUGCGUCAUUCGGCACUGAGGCUAAUGGAAUGGCCGUCAGGGAUGCAUGUCAAACUCUGUACAAGCGUCUGGAGCCAAUCAGAAGGACGAGCCCCGAGGGCCCGUGGCAGAGCUGGGUAACAUCACAUAUUAAAAGAGCGUUCUUGGAGAAAAUCAGUCUGUCAGCUACUGGAUUCUACAGGGGUCACGAUACUUGGAUGGACUGGGAGAAGCAGGAGGGACGGCCCUACCCCUAUUUCACCUACGGAGCCUGCUGCAGUGAGGUGGAGCUCGACUGUCUGUCAGGAGAAUACAGGACUAUAAGGACAGACCUGGUUGUGGACAUCGGGAAGAGCUUAAACCCCUCCAUUGAUAUCGGCCAGAUUGAGGGAGCGUUUAUUCAGGGUCUGGGCCUCUACACGAUGGAGGAGCUUCACUUUUCCCCCUCAGGUGUUCUGGUCACUCGAGGUCCGGCUCAGUAUAAGAUCCCGUCCGUGUGUGACGUCCCGCUGCAGUUUAACGUCUACCUGCUGUCUGGAUCUGAGAACCCGCAUGCCAUCUACUCCUCUAAGGGAAUCGGAGAACCCCCGCUCUUCCUGGGAAGCUCUGUGUUCUUCGCUAUAAAGGACGCUGUGAUGGCAGCGAGGAAGGACGCGGGCUUGACCGGACCGUUCACCCUAAACAGCCCUGCUACUCCAGAACGAGUCUGCCUCGCAUGCAACACACACUUCACACAGAUGAUUCCAGACACAGGAAGUAGAGCAUCACAGCCCUGGACUCUGGAUCUGCCUUGACCCCCAGAUCACCUUUCAGCUCAUGACAUCACUGUAACCACUAAAUCUAUCAGAUCUGCAGCAUUAUACACACAGCCCAUGAAUUCUAAAUAACAUUAAAGUAAAAUUCUGUGCUUCAAUCAUUUUAAUGUUAUUCUGUUUAUCCAUGAAAAAAAAGUCUGAGAUCCAGGUGAGGUGUGAGGAUUUGAUCCACUGGGAGUCACGUCACCUGUCUGAGGAAUUUCUUACAUGAUUAGAGGAAAGGUGCUGAACAAUCGGCAAAAUGUGACGUCUUUCACCCACAGCUAUAAAUAAAUCAUUAGAGUCAGGUAUCGAUCAAACAGAUCAGAGUCAGGGCUUCCAUCAAUUAUUUUAAUAAUCACUUUCUUCAUCUGUCUAAUACUGUUAAUGAGCUAGUGCUAUACAAAUCAAACUAAUAAAGCUAUGUUCGUUAUAUUGUGUGAUUGAAAUAAUAAACUCUUUAAGCACUCCAUCCAGAUGCCUAUAGUUUUUGAAACUUUUUUUCUUGUUCAGAUUUCUUUACAAGUGAAACAUGACAUAUUUGUAAUAAUAUUAGCUGCUACACUGGUUUAUGGAUGUUGAUGUCAAUAAAAAAAUGUGUAAGAAUGACCAUGAUUAAAAUAAAAUGUUAAAUCCUCCAUGAUCAGUGAAGAGUUAAAGCUCAGACUCCAUUAUUGAGAAAUCAUACAUGGUCUUGCCACACAGGCGUGAUCACAAUGGAAUAGUCAACUGUGUUAGAUUAAGGGGGAUGGUGCUGGCAAUAAAUGGGCGUAAGUGCUAUGAAAUAUAGUUAAAUUAACAAAUUUUACCCUGCGACGAGGACUGGAACUAGACUAUAGUGAGAAAGGUUAUUUAAAAUUAUUUGUAUUGUACAUGUCGAAUAAAAAGCAAGUUAACUACGAAACCGAUCCCCCCGCUUCCGCUCACACAUGGACUGGUCCGCAUUUUUUAUGCCGCCUGCGCCUGCGCAUAACCCUCUCGCUUGCUCGGAGGGGAUUUUGUUGGAAGGGCUCGGGACAGCUUUGUGUCGCUUUGUUCGGUGGUUCUAAGACCGUUUUUAUUUGAAUUCAUUUCGGUGUCUUUUAUGAAUAAUCAAAAGCAGCAAAAGCCAACGCUAACCGGCCAGCGUUUUAAAACUCGGAAAAGAGGUGA